UCGUUCGCGACCGACACAUCACUACACCACUGGGUGCUCUCGUACAAGAAAAUCGAGCAUACCCGGUGGCAGUCUUGUUUCAGUUAGGUUGUUAGCGAAAACAUUACGUGUUUUAACACCAUUCUUCACAUAUUGAGGAGGGGGCUGCAGUAAAACUGUACCGGAAACAUCAGUCCAUUCUUUGAGGUAAGAUAAUGGAUUGCUGUGGUCUGCUAACUCUUCAGAAGGAACCAGUUCCUCUGAAGAGCAUUGAGGUGGAGCUGGAGGUGAGGGACCAUGUGGCUACAGUGGUCUCCACUCUGAACUACGAGAACAAGGAGGACAAACCAUUAGAGGCUGUUUUUGUCUUCCCUCUGCCUGGAGAUGCUGCUGUCUGUCAUUUCAGUGCUCAGAUUGGACAGACACAGAUUGUAGCUGAGGUGAAGGAGAAACAGAAGGCUCGUGAGGAGUAUGAUGAUGCUCUGAGCUCCGGUCAGCAGGCCUUCCUAUUGGAGGAGAGUGAUGAGAGUCCAGAUAUAUUCUCUCUGCGUGUGGGCAGUCUGCCUCCAGGAGAGAGCGCCUCCAUCAGGUUGGAGUACGUCAUUGAGCUGGCUGUGCAGGCUGAUGAUGGUCUGAGGUUCUGUCUGCCUGCUGUGCUCAACCCUCGAUACCAACCUCAGGGUAGUGAAGGUGCAGGUGUCCAGGUGACUUCUGUUCCAGCCUCUCUGGUGCCCUACAGUCUGUCUUUUUCUGCCCGAGUGUCCUCUCCUCGUCCGAUCUCUAAAGUAGAGUCCAACUGUUCCCUGGACCCUCUGCAGUACCUCAACACUGAUCAAACCCAGGCCACGGUCAAGCUGGCUGCAGGACACAAGUUUGACAGAGAUGUUGAACUGCUGAUUUAUUACAAAGACGCCCACCAGCCCACUGCUGUGGUGGAGGCAGGACAGGCCUCUGCUGAGCCGGGCUCUCUGAUGGGUGAUCCAGUGGUGAUGGUGAGUCUGUACCCUGAGUUCCCCCAGUCUGUGAUGUCUUCAAAGGCUUCAUGUGGAGAGUUUGUGUUCUUAGUGGAUCGAUCUGGAAGUAUGGACUGUGCUACGAAUAACAGUGAGCAGCAGGAAACUCGGAUCAGCAGUGCCAGGGAUACUCUGCUGCUCCUGUUGAAGAGCUUACCAAUGGGCUGCUAUUUCAACAUUUACAGUUUUGGGUCUAGUUAUGAACACAUCUUCUCUAAGAGUGUAGAGUAUGGUGAGAAGACCAUGGAGGAGGCUCUGAAGAAAGUUGAGAAAAUGGAGGCUGAUCUUGGAGGAACAGAAAUCCUGGAGCCCCUCAAACAUAUUUACAGCCAACCCUGCAUUCAAAAUCAGCCCAGACAGCUGUUUGUCUUUACUGAUGGAGAGGUGGGGAACACCAAAGAAGUGAUUGAUCUGGUGAAAAAGAAUUCAGGUUCUCACAGGUGUUUCUCUUUUGGGAUUGGGGAAGGGGCCAGCUCUGCUCUCAUCAACGGGAUGGCCAAGGAAGGAGGAGGUCACGCUCAGUUCAUCACAGGGACUGACAGGAUGCAACCAAAAGUGAUGCAGUCGCUGCGAUUUUCUCUGCAACCAGCAGUGGAAGAUGUUUCUGUUACAUGGGAUUUACCAAAGGGAUCAACUGUCACUGUCCUCUCUCCACCAAUCACAACCAUUUUCCAGGGUAAAAGGUCAUUGAUUUAUGCACAGCUCACUGGACAGAGCUCAGAGGCAGCAGAGGGCUGUGUGACGGUGAAGUACAGCCUGGCAGGUCAUCCCUCUGAGAACCAGCUGCACUUCAGUCUCAGACCUGCAGAGAACUCUGGCUUAAUAGUCCACAGGUUAGCUGCUCGGACUCUUAUUUGCUUGCUAGAGAUGGAAGCAGAAAACAAUGAGGAAAAAAGAAGAAGUAAAAAGAAGGUGGUGCAGCUGAGUGUCCAAUCGGGAGUGAGCAGUUCUUUCACUGCUUUCAUUGUUGUCAAUACAGACAACAACAAGGAGAUUCAAGGACCUCUUCUGCACCGAGAUAUUCCAAUGGCUGGUCUAAUGAAAUGUGCUGCUACCCCUUGCUGUCUGGCAGCUUAUAGUUCCUCUUUUUCGCGCGAUUCUGAUGAUGAUGGAGGCUUUGGUUUGUUCGACGACGCGUGCUUUGACAGAGCAGGUGUACGGUACUGUUAUGCAACGGAUGACUGUGAAGAGUCUGAUGAUGAUGGAGGCUUUGGUUUGUUCGACGACGCGUGCAGUGACAGAGGACUCUGCUUUGGAGGAGGACUUGUACGAAACAAAGCUGCUGUGCCUGAGCAGCCACCCAGAGACCCUUUGCUGCAGUUAGUCUCCCUCCAGAAGGCGUCUGGCUGCUGGCUGCUUGAUCCAGCUCUGGCUGCUGCACUGGGAAAGACCAACGAGGAGGUGGAAAAGUCAAAGCCUGAAAAGGCCAGCAGUGAAGUGUGGGCCACCAUUCUGGCUCUGAUCUGGCUUCAUGGUUUCAAGAUGGAUGCAAAGGACGAGUGGGAGCUUCUGGCUGCAAAGGCUGUAUCAUGGCUCAGUGCGCAAAAAGCACCAUCUGUGACAGAGUGUGUGGAAGCCGGAAAUAUAUUGUUGGGUUGCAGUGUGCAAAAAACUGCCCUUGACCUCUGAGGUUUUUAUUAAACUAACAACUUCUUUACGAUUAUUACACAGAAGCAGAUUUACUCCAUACUUCAUCCACAUUAAUCUUUGCAUCGUCCAACUUUAUUAUCUAAUGUGCCUUAUUUUAUGCUGCAUCUGUCCAGAGUCAGCUUUGUAGGAGGACCGGAGAUUAUUGCUUUUGUAUCCUACUUUUAAUGUUGCUGUUUGCUUGAAAGCGUCAAAUAUUAAACAAAUAAAAACACA